UUGAAAUCAGUGCUUUUCCGAAUUCCGUUGCGGGUAGUCGCUUGGUUUUCUGAAUAUCACGAAUUAAUUAUUACUUGUGCGUGUGUUUAAGUGUUACUUAAAUAUUCUCUUAUUUUUAUCAUUUUGGACUCGUUUUAAUAAUUUUUAUUUCGAAUUUACGUUUUUUUUUCUAAAUCUAUUUGUGCUGUGUGUGAAUUAUAAUUCCACACAUUUCGACUAAAAGUGCUUGAAGAGAUCAAUCUAUAUCUUACCGAAAAUAUGAUCUCCACUUGUAAACUGGCUGGGCGCGCCACCACCGCUCGGGAGAUGGACGCUGCGUUGGCACUUCUCCAGCUGCACGACCAAGCCCCACACAGGGCUCAAGAAUUGCCGCUAAUUGAGAACGGUAUGGACAUGGAUGACACAGCCACGGUAGCAUUGUAUUUGAUACGAAUGUUCGAGCCAGCCAACGUCGAAAGCACCGCUGCCGUGAGCCAGCCCGGUCCUGUCGCGAGUUCCACACCGAAAGUUAAGAAGACAAUUUUAAAAAACAGAAACGCGAACUCUGUGGCUAAUGAUAAUCUGGUACCAAUAGGAUUGGGACAUGCCAAAGUCCCAUCCCAAUUACUGAACAGCAUUCGUUGGACUCCAAAAACAUAUACGAGCGCCACACGAAAGCUAUUGAUGGCAGUGUUUCCACGAAGCGUGCUGGCAACCCAUUCUUUGACGGGUAAGGCUUCUCCAGCCUUCCAGUACAAGCCAGCUAAGGAGAAACUAAAUGCACAGCUUGUGGAUGACAUUGUGCAUACCGUGGUGUCGAAAUGUGGCGUUGCGGCAAAUCUUGUGCGCACUAGCAUCACAACAAAAUGUGCAGAUGAGAGCAAAAUGCUUCGCUCUCGUCUAAAGAAGCAGACUAACAGUCGAAAAAAUCUCGAGAAUAGGGCACCGCGAUCUACGUCAGAAUCUAAUUAAACUGGAGUCCACAACUGAAGAACGUCGUCGCGCCGCGGAAAUGUGAAACCGAAAGUCAGAAAGACAAUGUUAAAAAGUAGAAACGUGAACAUUAUGGAUAAUGAUAAUCUGGUACCAAUAGGAUUGGGACAUGCAAAGGUUCCAUUUCGCUUCCUGAAGAGUAUUCGUUGGACUUCAGAAAGACACAAGAAGCCACAAGAAAGCUGUUGAUGACAGUGUUUUCAUGAAGUUAAAUAAUA